AUGGGUCCGACGGCAGAGUCCACGACCCAACAGGUCAAUCCGAUGACCACCUCGGAACGCCUCGGUUCAAAAACAUACUCGAUGAAGUAUGUCUUCCGCAAGAUGACGUGGCGGCUCUUCUGGGCUUGGAUGGUGACGGCGCUUAUCAAUGUCAUCUUCGGCUACGAGGUGACCAGCUUCGGCGGUGUGCAAAGCAUUCCGGCAUUUGCAAAGCAGUUUGGACAGAAGACUGCGUCGGGCAAGUAUGAAUUGUCGUCUGAGAGAGCCUCGUACACGGCUUCGCUAGCCUUUGUGGGUAAACUGGUUGGCAGUCUGAUGGCGCCCUUCGGCAUCGAGCGCUUUGGACACCGCUGGACUAUCUGGGCCCUCGUCGUCAUCGUUUGGAUAGGCGUUGUCAUUGAGUCUACCUCUAAGGAGAUUGCCCAGUUCAUUAUCGGCCGUAUUGUUAUUUACUUCAGGUGCUGCUACUCCCAUGGUGUCCGGCCCCGGCAUGAUGCAUCACAUGGUACACAGCUGACGUUGUUGCUCCCAAAAUCUAGCGUUGGCCUCGCCGAAGUCACUUCCACGAGCUACCAAUCCGAGAUCUCGCCUGCAGCCAUGCGUGGUACCAUCGUCGGAUCACUUCAGCUAUUUAUCCAGAUCGGUCAAAUCUAUGCUGCUGGUGUGAACCGCGCAUACUCCACGUCCACACACCCAAGCGGAUGGAUCAUCCCCGUCGCAAUCCAGGCGGGAGUCCCUUCUAUCGUCUUCGUCUGUAACUUCUUCAUUCCCGACUCCCCUCGAUGGCUUAUCAGCAAGGACCGGAAGGAAGAUGCCGUCAAGGUGCUUGAUAUAGUGCGGCCUGCUGAGGACGUGCGGUCUGGUGUGAACCGCCUUGAGGUCGACGCUAUCGAGGAGGCCGUUCGCAACGACCUUGAGAAGGCGCCUUGGAUUGAACUGAUUAGAGGGGUUAACCUACGCCGGACUCUAAUUGGUAGUGGGCUCUUGGGCUUGCAGCAGUUCCUUGGACAAAACCUCGUCUCUGGAUACUCGCCACGGUUUUAUGCUACUGUCGGCCUCUCCAAGGAAGCCUUCAACUAUAACAUUGGGUCUGCCACCGUUGGCUGGGCCGGAAGUCUGCUGGGAAUAUUACUCAGCGACUUCCUCGGUCGUCGCGAUGUCCUCAUUUGGGGCGCCGUCAUACAGUCUGCCUUCCUGUUCCUCAUCACCGGCGUGGGACUCCAGAGCAACCCGACCACAACUGAUGCGCGAGCUCUAGUGGCUGGCGUGAUGCUCUACUUCUUCUUCUACUCUGGGACCUGGGGACCUCUACUCUUCACGGUCUGUUCGGAAGCGGGAAAUCCAGCUUUGCGCGAGAAGACUCUGUCUCUGGGUGUCGCGCUCAACGUUAUCACCGCCUUUAUUGUGAGCUUCUCCGUGCCAUAUAUUCUCGACGCCAUCGGAUCCGCCAUCGGAGCCGUCUUUGGAGGAAUCGCAUUCUUCUCCGCGAUCCUCGUCUACUUUGUGCUGCCGGAGACAAAGGAUCGCUCUCUUGAGGAACUGGACGAAUUAUUCAAGGCUCAUGUUCCAGCGCGGAAGUUCAAGACCACCCGUACCUACGGGGCGGGAAGCCGCGUCACGGAUCUCGAAAACGCAUCGUACAACGAAAAGCUCGAUAGGCCCACGGUCGAACACGAGGAGCGCGUCGAGACGAUCAACCUUCAAGAUGUGUGA